AUGUUUCUUUGGUGUUAUUUUAAAAUAACAACUCAUUUGACAGACACGCCGUUUAAAUUUCAUCAAGUGAAGCUUAUUGAAAAACUAAUAAGUAAGACGUUUGAUAUAAGUACUUAUUGUAAUAAUGGCAAAUUGUAUGCAGCGACUGCUACAGUAAGAAAAGCAAGAGAUACAUCAUCAUCAAAGGCUGUUAACUAUAUUGAACGUAUAGCUUUGACCAGUCAAGAUUCGGCGAUAGUUUCAGUACCUGCUUUGUAUUAUAAUUCUCCUGAUAGCAAAAAUAUUCACGAAGUGGACUCUGUUUAUGAAGGCACUGUAGUGCCAAAGAAGAUAAUCAAUCUAUGGUGCCAUAAAAAGGCAAACGUUCUGAAUCCUCAUCAAGCAAUGACUCAUCAUCGAGUAGUUCUAACAGCAGCUCGACGUCUUCAUCAUUUAGAAAACGCCCUCGGAAGGAAGGUAGGUAUUUCUGGAGGAACAUUAUCGUCUCCUACGAUACUUCAAACAAAUAACAAUGAAAAUGUGCAAAACCAACAAAUGGAUAUGCAAAUCUCAUAUAAUUUUCAAGACGAUUCUGGUAAAGAAAAUCGGAAGCCAAAUUCUCAUUCUAUUUGCUUGAACGAAGCUUCAGAGUUUUCUGCAGAUAGCGGUGACGAAUAUCAUCCACCAACAUAUCCAAGGCUAAUUGAAGCAAAAUUCUCAUAUUCUGGAAUUGUGCUGACCGAUGAAAGGGAUAAACCUGGUAAACAACCAAAAUCAGAUCCACAAGUGAUAGAAUCAGUUCGUAAGCAUAUCAAUACAAUCCCAGAAAUACGAAAAGAAAGCCAUUAUUUAUGUGCAAAUACCAGCCGUGUGUUUAUUGCUGGUGGCUUAACCUUGGCUGCUUUACAUCGUGAUUCGUGA